UUCUCGAUUUAUGGCUUUGCCUUGGUGACGGCGAAUCCCCUGAAUGAGGCUAUCGGUAGGCCGGGGGUGCGCAGGUUAGUGGGAUGUUAUUGAGAGAGUGACGGGCGGAUCCCGGUGCCUGAAGCGCUCACAAGCUGCUACAAGAAGCUGCCGGGCCAAUUCUCCGCCUACUGUGAGGAUCCAGCGCCGAUCUCACGCCUUCUACCCGGCUUGGGCCCCAACAUCACAUACACAAGGGCCCCACGGGCGUAUGUGGAUCGGAUUACCGGAUAAUGAUAAUAAUACAAGCUAAUAAUGAUACAAGCUAAUAAUGAUAAUACAAGCUAAUAAUAGCGCCAGUGUCAGUAAAUGGCCCAUUCGGCUGCUGCCUGAACUUUAACUCCCUGCAUGGCUUCCUGGACCCCGGAUCCAUCGGUUCUGAUGUAAACCCCCCAGUUAUGGAUUUGCCUGGGGGGGCUUUGUCCUGGGCUGAUCCAACAACGAUCUAGGGAACCUGCCCCAGUAUUAAGAUGAAUCUAACAGACAGAAUGCCGGAGUUUGGUGAGCCGGGUCAUUACGAUUAUGUGAACAGCACAUCCAUGUCACACAUCGGCAACACUACAUUUCGAGACAUCCAGGAGAUUAUACACACCGCCACCCUGGUCACCUGCACUUUUCUACUGGUCAUCAUCUUCUGCCUGGGAUCCUAUGGAAACCUUGUAGUCUUCUUGUCCUUCUUCGACCCUGCCUUUAGGAAAUUCCGGACCAACUUUGACUUCAUGAUCCUGAAUUUGUCCUUCUGUGACCUUUUCAUCUGCUGCAUUUCAGCCCCCAUGUUUGCCUUCGUCUUGUUUUUAGAUUCCGGCAAAAAUGUCCCAGAUGCGUUUUGCUUCACUUUCCAUCUCACCAGUUCGGGAUUUAUUAUCAUGUCUCUGAAAACGGUGGCCGUGAUUGCGCUUCACCGCCUGCGAAUGGUUCUCGGCCAGCAGCCCAAUAGGACGGCCUCCUUCCCUUGCACUUUAAUGCUGACUGUUCUGUUGUGGACGACGAGUUUUACUUUGGCCACUCUGGCCACGCUAAGGACACGGAAGUCUCGCAUUUGCCUUCCUAUGUACAGCCUGAUUAACGGCGAGGGGAAAAUUAUCUUGUACUUGUACGUCAUCGAUUUUACCUUCUGUGUUGCCAUUGUGUCUGUUUCCUACAUCAUGAUCGCGCAAACGCUGAGAAAAAAUGCCCAAGUCCGAAAAUGCCCAGUAAUCACUGUAGACACAUCAAGGCCGCAGCCAUUUAUUGGGCCGGCAGUAGACGGUGUACAUUGUGCUGUGCCCGCUCUGUACAGGAAUCAGAACUACAAUAAACUACAGCAUGUCCAGACCCAUGCCUACACCAAAAAGCUCAGCCAGGUGCCGGUGCCAGCCAGUCGCUUGCAGCUCGUCUCUGCCGUCAACCUGUCCACUGCGAAGGACUCCAAGGCGGUGGUGACUUGUGUUGUCAUUGUCCUUUCUGUUUUAAUCUGUUGCCUCCCGUUAGGCAUCUCAUUGGUCCAAGACGUCCUGACCAGUAACAGCAGUUUUAUCCUGUACCAGUUUGAACUUUGUGGCUUCACGCUCAUAUUCCUGAAGUCGGGCUUGAACCCUUUUAUUUAUUCCCGUAACAGCGCCGGACUGAGGAGAAGGGUCCUCUGGUGUCUGCAGUACGUUGCCCUUGGCUUUUUAUGUUGCAAAAAAAAGACCCGCUUACGUGCCAUGGGCAAAGGGAGUCUGGAGGCCAACAGGAACAAGUCAUCUCACCAUGAGACCAACUCCGCCUACAUGCUGUCUCCAAAACCACAAAAGAAGUUUGUGGACCAAGCGUGUGGCCCAAGCCAUUCUAAAGACAGUGUUCUAAGCCCUAAGGGGUCUGCAGGGCAUCAACACUACGCCCAAAGCAGCUCCACUCCAAUCAAUACUCGCAUUGAACCCUAUUACAGUAUUUACAACAGCAGCCCCUCCCAAGAACUCAGCACCCCCAACAGCCUGCAGCCGGUCAACUCCACCUUUGGAUUUGCCAAGUCCUAUAUCGCCAUGCACUAUCAUACAGCCAAUGACUUGAUGCAAGACUGUGAGAGCACCUCAGCCAAGCAGAUCCCCAUGCCAUCUGUAUAAUGGCGGCGCAUCUUGUCAGCAUUUUAUUUUGUUGCCAUAUAAAUCUCUAGGUUUAACAAAUGACAGUCUGGCGAUUGUUAGGACUCAUGUGUACACAAAGUAUUUUCAUAGAACUUUAUAAAAUAAUGUAACGUUACUGGAGAGAUUACUUUUAUAAGAUUGCAUUCGGAGGGUAUGACUUUUCUUUUGUACUUACAAGGGCACUUACAUGUUAAAUCACUCAGUAUCACUCCAUGAGAACUCGUGUAGGUGCAACUCUGCUUCCCGGCAGUAACACUUAUUAAACAAUUAGCUGCCGGGACAUCGUAGAGUUGGUACGGCCAGUUUAUAGUGGGGAUGUACGGUUUCCAUAUGUGUUUACAUGAAACAAGGCCUCUCGCACUUGUCUGUUUGCUCUUGCCCAUCUCUAUGCCAAGAAAGGAGCAUCAGCAGAAAGAUUUUCACUUUAGACUGUCAGAACAGAGGCGCCAGUUGGCAGGGAGUGAGGUCAAAUCUGGGUUGGUAUGGCUGCCGUUAAACCUUUUGUAUUAUUAUUCCCAUAAUCCAUCAGCAAUACAGAAGCUCCUCCAUAAUUCUGAAUGUUGCGUUGUGCCAAACAUAUGUCUCAUGUACUGGGUGCCAGGGCUGUAGCACAAAUCACAGCUGCCAAUCAUAUGCUCGGCUUUGUUGUCUACAGUAGCUGACAGGUGGUACUUUUGCCCCUCCCCCUCUUUUUAAAAAUAAAUUAAGUUUGGCUUCAAUAUAAGGGCAAAUUGCAUAAGGUAAAAAGAAACAUUCAUGGGGGGGGGGGGUUAAGGUCCUGUAUAAUGCAGGUAUAUUUUUGUACUGGGUGCAGAAUAUAUAAAAUGGAGAGACAUUGAGCAUUGUUUUUUUUUUUAUGGAAAAAAAUGUCUAGUUUUUAUUUAUUUGUUAUCCCCCAUAACAUCGUUCCACUUCUGUUUCUUUAUUUAUUGAAAUUAAACAUUGGAAAAUGUAA